UCUUGAUAUGGAUAUAAUUUACAUAUUAGAAUGAAGAAAAAAUAAUACACUGAACGAAAAUUUUGUUUACAUAUUUUUGUUUCGAAACCUCCUGCAAUAACUCGUUUGAGUUGACAAUAUUCAUUCUUAUUUAUUUUAAAACAUAAAAUAAGGUAGAAAAUAUGAAUAAUGCAGCUCCCAAGCCCCAAAGACAGCCCAGAGAAAACAGGAGAAAUAGAGCAGCAAUGGCUGAAGCAGAUCAAGAUUCUGGAGCAGCUUCUAAUGAGAUUCCAGGUACCAGUCCAGAACCAGUUUUGCAGACAGCCAAUACAUGCAAUAGUAAUCAGGAUACUGGUAUUGUUGAUAUUGAUGGUGGAGCUCUUGAAGGGGGCGGUCAAGUCUUAAGAAAUACUGUUUCAUUUAGUUGUUUAUUACAAAGACCUGUUAGAGUAUAUAAUGUUAGAGCUGGCAGGAGUAAACCAGGAUUAAGGCCUCAACAUUUAACUGGUAUAAUGUUAACCAGAGAGGUUUGUCAUGGUAGACUGGAAGGAGGGAGCGUUGGGUCAACAGAAAUCCAAUUUCAUCCUGGAAAUAUUCAGCAUGGAAACUAUACAGCAGACACAGGUACUGCAGGGAGUAUUUGUCUAUUAUUGCAAGUAGCUAUUCCAUGUUUAGUUUAUGCUGACGGUCCUACAAAUCUGACAUUAAAAGGAGGAACCAAUGCAGAUAUGGCGCCUCAGUUAGAUCACAUGACAAUGGUAUUUAAACCUAUAGCGGAAAAAUUUGGAAUGAGAUUUGACUGCAGAGUUAUCAGAAGAGGGUAUUAUCCUAAAGGUGGUGGAGAAGUAAAGGUCACAUGUCAUCCAACCAAACAAUUGUCAGCAGUUACUAUGACAGACAGAGGAGAUAUCAAACAAAUCUAUGGUUUAUCAUUUGUAGCUGGAGUUCUUCCUGUCAGGGUUGCCCAUGUUAUGGCAAAAGUUGCUGAAAGUAUAAUACAUAAAGAAUAUAAAGAUGUGUCAGUAAAUAUAGACGUGGUCAAGGAAGUAUCAGCCGUAGGAACUGGUACAGGUAUUGUCCUAGUUGCAGAAACUACAACUGGAUGCUUUUUGGGAGGUACAGCUUUAGGGAAGAAAGGAAAGCAAGCAGAACAAGUUGGACAAGAGGCAGCAGAAGAAUUAAUUAAUAAUUUAUAUCACGGAGGUUGUGUGGAUGAUUAUAUACAAGAUCAGAUUAUACUGUUAAUGGCUCUAGCUAAAGGCAAAUCUACAGUUAGAAUUGGUGCCUUGUCUUUACAUACAGAAACAGCCAUUCAUGUGGCAAAACAGCUAACAGAGGCCAAUUUUAAAAUUACAGAAAUUAACAAAGGAGCAACACUUAUAGAAUGUGAUGGAAUAGGACUUGUUAAUUCACAGGUUGGAAGUUAGUGAUGGAUCAUACUGUAGUUUGUGCCAAGAAAUCCAAGACCAGACAUAAAAACACUAAGAAAACGUCUUUCUUAACCACUUUUCUUUUACUUCUGGUUACUAAAUACAAAACCAGUAAAUGCAAUAGAUACAAUUAUGCCUGUUAUAGUCUUGUUGGUUUUGAAAUUCUCUUAAAGUAUACUAGAUUGUAAUGUUAAAUUAAUCUAAUCUAUUUUAGCAUCAUAUGUAUAUUUUACUUUAUGUUGCUGUGCAUGACAAUAAAAAGGUU